AUGGCCAGAAGAAAAAACGCGAGACAAGCCCCGAAAGGAGGCCAAGAGGAUUUUUAUGGGCUGAAUGAAGUAGACGAUUUUGCUAAAAAGCGUGAGAAAGUGAUGCUAGACAAAGCUGGCCUGACCGAAUACCCAGAGAGCGGAGACUCAGAUGGCCUCAUGUCCGAUGAAAAUGAAGAGGGCGUCAUGAACGUGGAUGACGAAAGCUCGGAAGGUGACCAAGACGAGGAGCCCGAAGAAGACGAUGAGCCACUUGACGGCGAGAAGGCUUACAGACAAGUGUUUGGCCGCAAACUUGAUUUAGGUGAUGCUAGAGACGCGGAAGAUGGAGGCGAGACUAUGCUAGACAAUGAAAGUGCGUGGGGUAGCACAAAAAAUGAAUACUAUGGGGCCGAUGAUCUGGAUGACGAAGAAGCCGCAAAAGAAAUCGAGAGGGAAGCCCUGCGCCAGCAAAAAAAGCACCUAGAGGAUCUAGACAUGAAUGACUACCUUGACGAAGAAGUUGAGGAGGACUGGGCCAAGAGCGCAAAGGACUUCAGCUUAGGUCAGUUUCAAGAGGCCACAAAUCAACCACAGACACAAGUGCGCGCUCGCGACAUACUCAAGAUGAGUGCCGAUGGUAAAGAGAAACUGCUUAAAGUAUGGUGUCCCGAGUUUUUCCCACUAUCGAAGGAAUUAGCUCACUUAGCUCCUCAACUCGACGAACUCAAGGCACAGCAAAACAGCUCUGAAACUACUUCUAUCAAGAUAACAGCCCUCUCCUCCUACUUGGGUGCUAUCUCUUCAUAUUUCACCAUUUUACUGCAUGAAAUACAAACCAAUGAUGACUUCAAAAGCAUGAAAGAGCAUCCUAUUAUGGAAAGUAUUCUUCUUUGUAAAGAGGUAUGGAGACAGGCCCAAGAACUUCCUGAAGAAGUGCCGGUGGAAGAAGAACAAGACUCCGAAGGAAUUGCAUCAGAUGUUGAGAACAUGGAAGACGACCUGCUUGAAGACGAGAAUGCUCAAGAAUCAGACAAAGAGUCCGCUGGCGCUGUUGGCAGUGACCAUGAGCCAGAGUAUCACAGUGACGAUCUCGAUAUAGAUAUCAGUAGACCGCGUGUCAAUCAAAGUGCUUCGAACAAAGUGCCAAGUGCAGAGAUCGACGAUUACGUGGAGUCUGAGGUUGCAGACGUUGACGCACAGGAAAAAAAGGCCCGCAAAAAGACCCUGCGAUUCUACACCUCUAAAAUCGAUCAGCAAGCUACCAAAAAAGGUGACAAAUUCAAAGGUGACGACGAUAUUCCCUACAAAGAAAGGCUAUAUGAAAGACAGCAAAGGCUUCUUGAAGAGGCUCGUAAGCGUGGUCAAAGUGGUCCAGAUGGUACCGAGUUGAAUGCUCAAGAUUAUGACUCCGAAGAUGAGAAGGUUGCAAAGAACGUCAAUACUGGUUCAUCAACUGAUUAUUACAACGAGAUUCAGCAAUCAGGACUCAACAAGAAGCAAGCUCGUAAACAGGCCCACAAAGAUGCAGUGCUCGCCAGUAGAGAGGGCAAGCUUGCAGAAUUGGCGGGUGAAGUUGGUGAAAAUGGAAAGCGUGCGAUCAGCUAUCAGAUCAUGAAGAACAAGGGUUUGACACCAAGGAGGAAGAAGGAGAACCAGAACUCACGUGUCAAGAAGAGAAAGAAGUACGAUCAAGCAAAGAAAAAGCUCAAGUCGGUUCGCUCUGUUUACUCGGGUGGUCUGUCUGGCGUUUAUGAGGGUGAAAAGACUGGUAUUAAGAAGAACUUAACCAAGUCUGUAAAGUUCAAGAAUUAG